AAUUUUUGUGUAAUAUAUGCUUUUCUGAAUCAAAAAUAGAAGAUAUGGUUUUCCCAACAUAAAAAUCUUGCAAUCAUAUUUUCUGUAAUACCUGUAUUUAAUAAUAUUUGAAAAACUUAAUUUAAUAAAAUUAAAUCUUAAAUAUAUCAUGUCCUCAAUACGGAUGUGAAUAAAAAUUAAAUGAAAAAGAUAUAAAAAGAUGUCUUUAAAACGAAGAAUUUUUUUAAAAAUAUAUUAAAUUCAAAUAAAUAAUGUAACUUAAUUCAGAUCCAGAUAUAAGAUGGUGUAUUGGCAUUGGUUGUGAAAAUCCUAUAAAAGGAGAAAAAGGCUAAAUUUAAUUAACUUGUAAUAAAUGUGGUUUAUAAAUGUGUUAUUUUUGUACAAAUUUAUGGCAUGAAGAUUUAGAUUGUGAAAGUGCAAUAGAUUCUGAAUACAAGAUAAUUAUAUAGAAAUUUUAAGUUAAAAAUUGUCCUUAAUGCUUAUCUCGUAUAUAAAAAUCAGAAGGAUGUAAUCAUAUGAAAUGUCCUAGAUGUAGUCAUUAGUUUUGUUGGCUCUGUUUGAAAAAAUAUACCACAAGUCAUUAUAAUUAAUCGAAUAUUUUUGGAUGUCCGGGAUUGUAAUUUGCAUAGGUUAUUCCAUAUUUGCAUAUUUAUAAGGUUAUUCUUUAUUAUUUAUUGACUUAUUUUGGCUUUUUUUUACAUUGGGCUGGAUUUAUGUUAGUUUUACCCUUAUUGUGUGUGAUUUUUGGGUUAGGAAUUCUUAAUUUUUUGUAUUUUUAUUUAAAGCAUAAAUCAUAUACGGGAUAUAUUUGUUCGGAUAUUUUAAGUUUUAAGGAAAUAUUUAAGUUUUUUUUUAUAUUAAUAAUUAGUGUUUUAACAAUACCUAUAAAUUUAUGUAUUCUAUUAAUGUUAGGUUUUUUUUUGCUUAUUAAGAAAAUAUUUUUGAAAUGA